CAUUUCGGAAAAAAGAACGCCGCGCUUGUAGAAAAAUAGAAUUGGCUUCUAUUUCGGCCAAUUUUCCGGGAAAAUACUCAAUUCCCGUAUCGUUCCGUGUGCAAUUCGGUGACCAUCGGGAUGACUGCCGACGGAGAGAGUAAAAUUAAAAGUGAACGCCGCAGCCAGGAUGAAGACGAUUCGUUUUCGAAUCAGAACAGCAACAGCGGCACUCCGGGCAGGGAAACCGGUGGAAAAACCCGCACACGGGGAAAGCUGCUGUACGAGAAGGACCGAACCAGCUUCUGGCAGGAUCUGCACAUGUUUCACGAGAAAAAUAGCACUCCGUUCCUGCGUCCUCCGAAAAUCGGCGGUCGGGAUGUAGAUCUGCAUCGGCUCUAUUCGGUGGUGAUUGCACGAGGUGGCUGGUUGAAGGUAAAUUCCCGUGAAGAUUGGGAUGAAGUUAUUGAGGAGCUGAAUCUACCGAAACGGUGUGUGAAUAAUGAGAUUGCAGUCAAGCAAAUUUAUAUUCGGUAUCUGGAUAAAUAUGAGAGGGUUAACUUCCACGGAGAGGAAAAAGAUCCCACGGAGGAAGAGGACGAUGAGAAGCGGCACAAUAGGAGGUGGUCGGCAAGGAUGCUGCAUGCAGUUCCAGCAUCUUACAAUCAUGCCCAACAUACAGUGCCGGAGGCAAUGCGGGGAUCGUUGAAUUUGUCCUGCGAUUUGUACAAGCCAACUGAAUACGAUAAGCUGAUUUUGUCUCUGUUGUCCCCGCUGCCCAAUGAGCAGGAUUUUGCUAUUAAUGUUUGCACACUGAUGUCGAAUGAGAGCAAGCAUACCUUGAAGGUGGACAAUUGUCCGAAGAUGAUCGACGUAUUACUAGCUCAUGGUGGAGUUUUCAACCAUUACUCGCUUCGUGACAUGUUUGAUGAGUAUUAUGGCAAUAUAAGAAAAAAUUCUUUGCAUCGUUUCUGGAGGGAUUCGUUGUUUGAAAAACCACAGGUUUUGGAGCUGUCGUAUCAGGAUUACUUCCAAAAGGUUGAAAGAGAUCCAACAGAGCUGAUUAAGAGUAUUUACAGUCCAGAUCUUAAUAAAAGCAUCGAUGACGACGAUGAGUGCGGAAUGCUCAAUAUGGCGACCUUGAGGUCUUUCCUCAGCCUUGGACCCGGCCUGGGUACGAAUGACUAUAUCGGUCAGAGGGUUUUGCAGAUCGCUUCCAUAUUCAGGAAUCUCAGCUUUAAUGAGGAAAACACACCAGCCCUG